GAGCAGAGCAGAGCGGGACUGAGUGAGAGGAGGACAGAGACGCAGACGUGUGCAGACCAGAGCACAGCAACUCCACAGAGACAAGAGAGGAGAAGAGUUUGCAAGGAGAAAACAAGAGAAAGAAAAAAACAAGCUUUUUUUAACAUCAGCAAACUGUGGUGGAUAUCAUACCUACAUCAAAAGAAAUAUAGAAGAACAAAAAGGAAUUUGCUUCACAGCUUAGAGGAACAUAUUAGCAUUUCUUUUAGUUUUGUCUUCUAUUUAUACACAUAUUUCAUUAUUUUAGAGGACUUGCAAGGUGUAGCAGGACUCUUUUCUUUCCUCCAGAGAAAAGGUGGACAGAGAGAAGUAAGGGUUUUGUUGAAGCAGAGCUGUCUGCAGUGGAGGUGAAUAUGCCCGUCAGAGGUAGCUGCUUUGGGGCAGGCAUGGGACGGCUUGCCCUCUGGAUGUGGGUGGGGAUGCUCUGCGCUCUGCUCGUGGGCCACAGCAGCGCCUGCCCAGCCCUGUGUACCUGCAGCGGCACCACAGUGGACUGCCAUGGACUGGGUCUCAAAACCAUGCCAAGGAAUAUCCCCCGCACCAGUGAGAGACUGGAGCUGAAUGGGAAUAACCUCACACGCAUCACCAAGAGUGACUUCGCUGGACUCAAGUACAUCCGAGUUCUGCAGCUGAUGGAGAAUCAGAUUACUGUGAUCGAGCGUGGAGCUUUUGAUGACAUGAAGGAGCUGGAGAGACUGCGGCUGAACCGUAAUCAACUGCAGCAGCUUCCUGAGUUGCUGUUUCAGAAGAACCCUGCCCUGUCUCGACUAGAUCUGAGCGAGAACUUCAUCCAGUCCAUCCCCAGAAAAGCCUUCAGAGGAGCUACAGACAUCAAAAACCUUCAGCUGGAUAAAAACCACAUCGCCUGCAUCGAGGAUGGAGCCUUCAGAGCUCUGAGGGGCUUGGAAGUGCUAACGCUGAACAACAACAACAUCAGCAGCAUCCCCGUCUCCAGCUUCAACCACAUGCCCAAGCUACGAACCUUCCGUCUCCACUCCAACAAUCUCAACUGUGACUGUCACCUGUCGUGGUUGGCCCAGUGGCUCAGACAGAGGCCUACGAUUGGUCUAUUCACCCAAUGUACUGGCCCUACUGAGCUCAGAGGACUCAAUGUGGCAGAGGUACAGAAACACGAAUUCGCCUGCUCAGGCCACCAGGAGUCUUCCGGCCCUCAGCCGUGCAGCAUCGGUGGAGGCUCUUGCCCCGCCAUGUGUACCUGCAGCAACAACAUCGUGGACUGCAGAGGGAAAGGUCUCACCGCCAUCCCAGCCAACCUGCCCGACACCAUGGCUGAGAUACGUCUGGAGCAGAAUGGGAUUAAGUCUGUUCCUCCCGGAGCCUUCUCUCCCUACAAGAAGCUGCGUAGGAUAGACCUGAGCAACAACCAGAUCUCAGAGAUAGCUCCUGAUGCCUUCCAGGGCCUGCGCUCCCUCAACUCCCUUGUGCUGUAUGGAAAUAAGAUCACCGACCUGCCCAAGGGGGUGUUUGACGGCCUCUACUCCCUGCAACUGCUGUUGCUGAAUGCCAAUAAGAUUCACUGCGUUCGCGCCAACGCCUUCCAGGACCUGCAGAAUCUCUCGCUGCUAUCACUCUACGACAAUAAGAUCCAAACUGUUGCCAAGGGCACCUUCACUUCACUACGAGCUAUACAGACCCUUCACCUGGCCCAGAAUCCAUUUAUUUGUGACUGUAAUCUGAAGUGGCUGGCAGACUACCUGCGCUCCAACCCCAUCGAGACCAGCGGCGCCCGCUGUGCCAGCCCUCGCCGACUCGCUAACAAGCGCAUCGGACAGAUCAAGAGCAAGAAGUUCCGCUGCUCCGCCAAAGAGCAGUACUUCAUCCCAGGUACAGAGGACACCCGUCUGAAUAACGCCUGCAACAGCGACCCAGUCUGUCCUCCCAAGUGCCGCUGUGAGUCGAACGUAGUGGACUGCUCCAACCUGAAACUCACCAAGAUCCCAGAGCACAUCCCUUCAUCCACCUCUGAACUCCGCCUUAACAACAAUGAGAUUACGACUCUGGAGGCAACUGGAGUUUUUAAGAACCUUUCCCAGCUUAAGAAAAUUAACCUCAGCAACAACAAGAUCACGGAGGUUGAAGAUGGGUCGUUUGAAGGGGCGUCGUCCGUCAAUGAGCUUCACCUCACGGCCAAUCAGAUCGACUCGGUCCGGAGCGGGAUGUUCCGCGGCCUUGAGGGAUUGCGCAUGCUGAUGCUGAGGAACAACAAGAUCAGCUGCGUCCACAACGACAGUUUCACAGGGUUGCACAACGUCCGCCUGCUGUCUCUGUACGACAACCAGCUGACCACGAUCAAUCCAGGAGCAUUCGACACUCUGCAGACUCUCUCCACACUUAACCUCUUGGCCAACUCCUUCAACUGUGACUGCCGGCUGGGCUGGCUCGGCGAUUGGCUGAGGACGAAGAAGAUUGUGACCGGUAACCCUCGCUGCCAGCGUCCUGCCUUCCUGAAGGAGAUCCCUCUGCAGGAUGUGGCUCUGCCUGACUUCCGCUGUGAGGAGGGACAAGAGGAGUCGUCAAGCUGUGUGCCCAGACCCCAGUGUCCCAGUGAAUGUACUUGCCUGGAGACUGUUGUCCGCUGCAGUAACAAGCACCUCCACACACUGCCCAAAGGCAUCCCAAGAAACGUGACUGAACUGUAUCUGGAUGGAAACCAGUUCAGUGUUUUGCCAAAGGAACUGUCUGCCUUCAAAUACCUACAGCUGGUAGAUCUGAGCAACAACAAGAUCAGCUCUCUGACCAACUCGUCCUUUGCGAACAUGAGCCAACUCACCACUCUAAUCCUGAGCUACAACUCUCUGCGUUGUAUCCCCAAAAUGGCCUUCAGUGGACUGCGCUCUCUCAGACUGCUGUCUCUCCAUGGCAACGAAAUCUCCGAGCUUCCUGAUGGCAUCUUUAACGAUGUGGCCUCACUUUCACACUUGGCAAUUGGAGCCAACCCCUUGCACUGUGACUGUCGCCUGCGCUGGCUGUCUGACUGGGUGAAGACCAGCUACAAAGAGCCUGGCAUCGCCCGCUGCGCUGGUCCUCUGGGCAUGGAGGGCAAACUGCUGCUCACUACACCUGCUAAGAAGUUUGAAUGUACAGGUGAUGCGGACACUACAGUGCUGUCCAAGUGUAACCCCUGUGUGUCCAGUCCCUGUCUCAACCAAGGCAUCUGUCACAGCGACAUGGUGGAGGUCUACAGGUGCAGCUGUCCUCCAGGUUUUAAGGGUAAGAACUGUGAGUCAGCUCUGAGCGCCUGUGUGAGUAACCCCUGUGCCAACGGAGGAACCUGCCAAGUGGUUGAAGAGGCCGAGGGAGUAUACAGUUGCACAUGUCCUCUGGGCUUUGAGGGCCCCAUUUGCCAAACCAACAAUGAUGACUGCGAUGACAACGACUGUGAGAACGGAGCGACCUGCCUCGAUGGAAUCAACAACUACACUUGUUUUUGUCCCCCCUACUACACAGGGGAGAUGUGUGAAGAAGUGGAGGAUGUGUGUGCCCCUGGACGAAGCCCCUGCCAACAUCAGUCUACCUGCCUCAUCACCUCCAGUGGGCCCAAGUGUGUGUGCUCUCCUGGUUAUGUUGGUGACGACUGCAGUGUAGACUACAAUGACUGUGAGGAGCAUCGCUGCCAGAAUGGAGCUCAGUGUGUGGAUGAGCUGAAUGGAUACUCCUGUGAAUGUCUUGAAGGAUACAAUGGUCAGCUGUGUGAGGUCGCCCCGUCUCCACUGUCCCUGUGUGAGCUGGCCGACUGCCAGAACGCCGCCAAGUGUGUGGAGCGAGGCGGGCGGGCCCUCUGCCAGUGUCCUCCUGAGUUUGGGGGGCCACGCUGCGAGAAACUUGUCAGCGUCAACUUUAUUGACAGAGACUCCUACCUGCUGCUGUCUGACCUCAAGAACUGGCCACAAGCUAACAUCACCUUACAGGUGUCAACAGCUGAGGAUAAUGGCAUCCUGCUGUACAAUGGAGAAGAUGAUCAUAUUGCUGUGGAGCUCUACCAAGGUCAUGUCAAAGUCAGCUAUGACCCAGGCAGCCAGCCAGGACAUGCCAUCUACAGUACUGAGACUAUCAACGAUGGCCAGUUUCACACAGUGGAGUUGGUGACCUUUGACCAGAUGAUGAACCUGUCCAUUGACGGGGGUCUCCCUACCACAAUGGACAGCUUCGGGGCGGUGCGGCCACUCAACGGGGAGGCUCCACUAUACGUGGGGGGUAGGGGCCCUCUCCAGAACACACCUCCCUCCUCUGCAGGCAUGCCGGUGGAUGUACAUUCAGGCGUUUUCCGUCUCUGGCAGCUCCAGAACGGCUCCAGUUUCCAUGGCUGUAUCCAGAACCUGUACAUCAACAAUGAGCUCCAGGACUUCACCAAGACCCAGAUGAAGCCUGGCGUGGUCCCCGGCUGCGAGCCCUGCAAGAAGAUCUACUGCGUGCACGGCAUCUGCCAGCCUGACGGGGUUCAGGGCCCGGUGUGCCACUGCCAGCCGGGCUGGAGCGGGCAGCAGUGUGACGAGCCGGUGCUCAACCCCUGCCAGGGCAGCAAGUGCGUCCAUGGAAAGUGCAUCCCACUGGACACUCAGUCGUAUCGCUGCGAGUGUGAGGAGGGUUACCGCGGCGCCCUGUGUAACCAGCAGGGGGAGCUGUUCAACCCCUGCCGACGCCUGACCUGCAAACACGGUCGCUGCCAGAUCUCAGACACAGGAGACGCCUUCUGCCACUGUGAGAGUGGCUACACCGGGGAACUCUGUGAUGCAGAGUCUGAAUGCCGAGGGGAUCCUGUGCGAGACUUCUACCAGGUCCAGCGAGGCUACGCCAUCUGCCAGACGACACGCAUGGUCUCUUGGGUGGAGUGCGCCGGAGCGUGCGACACCGGGGCCUGCUGCGCCAGCCAGCGAAUGAAACGCCGGAAAUACACCUUUGAAUGCAGCGAUGGAACCUCCUUCAGCGAGGAAGUGGAAAAGACCAUCAAGUGCGGCUGCGUGGGCUGCAUGUAGCACCAUUCACUCACAUUUCCUGCCGCUGCCGCCGAGCAGAAGAUAGAAAGAGAGAAAGAAGGGAUAGAAGUAGGAAGAGAGAGGACUGGAGGAAAGAGAGGGAGGGAAAGAAAGAGAGAGUAUAAAGAAUAUAUAUAAAACCUCUAUCUAUAUAUUAUGGACAACAAUGUUUGUAAAAUAGGACAUUUCCUCCCCUUACAAGGGUGUGUGACCUACAGUAACACAGAGAAACCAACAUCAUGAGCGACAAUGUAGAUGUGACAACAACGGCAACAGAACCAUUGUAUCUGUAACAUUGUUCCAAAGGGGUCCAGAGAUUUCAAAAGAGUUGCAUUCAGAGUGAAGCAUCCCUCCAACCCAAAUUAACCGGUGUGAAUUCCCCAUCCAUCCGUGAGGCCUCUGACAGCCUAACCACCAUCCACCAUCUUAACCUCGUGGAGGCAGUGAGGACAGCGGGGUCCAGCCUGGCCAAGAAUGGCAGAAGGAAGGCAGAGAAAGACACACAGAGAGACACAGGAGAAGAGACUUUGACUUGGCAAAGCUAUCUUGAGUUGAGCUUGGCUGGGUUACCCGGACUGGGCUGGAUAUGGUUUGGGUUGAGUUAAGGUCGUUGUUGGUUUGGUGUAGCAAUUUCUCUGCCAGGAAACAGUCAUCCAUCCACACAUGCACAUGUAGAAGUGAACAAUGGAAAGGAAGGGUUAGAGUGGCACAUAAUCCGGUGCGGAUGUCGUGGCUUCGAGGCCCGGUGGCGUCCCAGAUGUUCGCUGUGAGGUACCGUAAUGUAGAAACUCCAUAAAAAUAGAGACUGCACUGACUAGCAGCACUGAAAAUGACAUACACCUCUCUGAAGUACAUCAUCACACGCAUGGCAUACAUUCAUUUACACAGUCUUAAAAAAAAAGCGAGAGGGCUUGUGUGGUAAAACUAUCUAUUCUGUUCGUACAGCAAACCAAUCUGGUGCUGGCAGGGACCAGUGGUUAUCAAUCCCCCAGCAUGCAUUGCCUCAGGGUUAGGAUGAUUUGCAUAAUCCCACGCCCUCAGAGCAGGACGCUGCUCCUAUCGAUGCCUGCAGUAUUAAACUUGUGCAAACAGUUGCAUGUGUGGAGAAGAGUUUGCCAACAAAUAUGUAGAGCUCCUUAAUAUCGUUAUAAAUGUUAUUACAAAACAAAAGUUUGCAGAAUCAUCUUCUGAUUUCUGUUUUGUUCUGUCUAAUUUCUCAUAUUGAUAUGUUUUUAUUUUUGUUAUAUUUUGUUAUAUUUUGUCUCAUGAUAUAACCUAACUCCUUUAGCUGCCCCCCACCCUCCUCAACAACUCUUUAUAUAGAAAUGCCUAACAGAUUCUAAUAUAUAUAUAUUUGUAUUUCAUUUUGGUAUAGUAUUUUUCUAUGUUAAAGAGUAAGUCUGUUUCUGGAAGCUUUGGGACUGGUGGAAAGGCAUUCAGUUGGUUCCCUAGGUGUUUUUAUUUGUUGAUCACACUCGCUCCAACAAGGUUAUUAAUUACAUGAAUUGGCCACAAAUACAGCAGCUGGUUGGCCUUGUUGUAUAGAAGGCAGUAUUGGUCUAGAAAUGUGUGUAAUAUUGUAUAUGUUGUCUUCCAUGUGAAUAUUACAUCUAAUUCAUGAAAGUCUGUGCUUGUUUUUAUUUAUUUUAUCUAAAGGCGUUUUCUGUAGAAAGUAAAGGGCAUACAUGUUGCUGACUUUCAGAUAUUUUAAAACAUUUCAAAAAGAUGAAAAAAGGUAAAAUAAUGAAUAAAAAUAGCAUAAACAUCUGUAAGGUAUUUGUAACAUCACUUAAUAGCAAGUUACAGCAGUGUUUUCCUCCUCUCUGGCUCAACAUUCCUCAUUCGCUGCAGGAGCUGGAGAGGGCCGAGCCGGGAUCCAGAGACCUCCCCCUCAAAUUGACCUUGUAAUUACCAUACCACGCUAAAAGGCUUCUGAUUGUUUUCAUGUCCAUUUUGUUGAAGUGUCCUGUUGUAUUUCUAUCAUUUUCAAUUGAGAUAUGUUUGCCAUAGAGGUGUUUUUAGUUCAGUAGUCAAGCUCAACUGAUCAUAAGCUGCUGUCAAGCCACAAAAAAAGGAUGAAAUGCUUCUGAGGACGACGAUCAUGUUAGGCUUCAUCAUUCGAGAUCUGUCUGAAUAGGCGACCGUGGGGAGCAUUACAUGCCUACUACUGACAGAUCAUAAAUGAGAAAGGUCUGGACAUUUCAAUGUUUGUCGGUUCUAGCUGGCUAUCCACACAAAAAAGUAAUAAAUGGUGCCAAUUACAGUGAACACAACAGUCAUACCUGAAUGUAUAAAUGUGUAUAGAUAAAUAUGACCUAUGCUUAUUCAUGAAGUGGUAACUUUUAGCUGUUAUUUAGUUUCCAAUGUAAGAUAUAGAAAUCACAUACUGUUUAAUAAGUAACAGUCCAUCAGGAUGGCUUAAGGCAUUGUUCUUCCUGCAGAUUUGGAUUGUGUUCAUCCAUUUUGCCGAUCUAAAUGUUUAAAGUCUCUUUAUAGUGUGAAAAGCUGCAGAGCCAGAUCUCAGCUUGGUACAUUGCACACAGAGCUUCUAUUCAUAUUGCUACCCAUGUUAACUUUGUUUUACAUGCUGUUGAUGUGAUCCAAGUGUUGUACAAUAACUUUAAUAGAAGAUCUCGUAAAGGAUUCUUGUGAACAGUCACUGUAACUCUUAGGCGGUGUGCCUCGUAAAGGCGCAUAUUUAGUUGAACGUGGCUUUCUUUUCAUGUCUCCUUUCCUUCCUCUGCACUGAUCUAUACUGGACUGGUGCAUUCAACUUUCUGGUAGACAUCUUAGUGGUGCUUGUGCUAUAUUGAGAUGUAAUUCAGUUAUCUGGUCACAUACCAGAAACACAUAUUUUUCAUCCUAUGAACUAUAUACAUAAAUAUGUUAUUGUAAACGACACGAUGUCUCUGUUGUAUUGAAAUGGUGCAAACACUAAAAAAUAUCCCUCGUUGGGUUCUGUCUAUUUGCUUUUUGUUACAGGAUAGAUGGUGGGAUUAAGCUGAAAAAAUCCCAAUAUUGCUGAAUGUAUGUAGUGCCACCGACAAAAUGUUUACCAAACCUCCACUCUUUUUCAUUAAUUAAACUUAAAUGUGUGUGCUUUUAAGAA